ACUAGCGCGCUGCGGGCCGGGGGAGGCGCCACGGAGCCGGUCCGGUUGCGGCUCCCGCCAUGGCCACGUCCCCGUGCAGCAGCAGCGGCGUCUCCUCCGCGUCGUCAGCGGGGCUGGGCGCGGAGGCGGCGCUGGAGAUCCGCACGCGCUCGGUGGAGCAGACGCUGGUCCCGCUGGUGUCGCAGAUAACUACUCUUAUUAACCAUAAGGAUAAACCAAAGCGGUCAGACAAGACGCUGCAAGCAAUUCAGCGGGUGGGCCAAGCGGUUAAUCUAGCAGUUGGAAGAUUUGUUACAGUAGGAGAAGCCAUAGCCAAUGAAAAUCGAGAACUGAAAGAGGAAAUGAGUAUUGCUUGCAUUGAGGCAAAGCGAGCAGGUGAAACAAUUGCACAACUUACAGAUGUAGCUAACUUGGAUCAUCCAGAAUCUGAUGGCCGGAUAACAAUUUUUACAGACAAAACAGGAGUAGUAAAAGCUGCAAGAUUGCUUCUUUCGUCAGUGACAAAGGUGCUGGUGCUGGCAGACAGAAUAGUUAUUAAACAAAUUUUAGCUUCCAGAAACAAGGUUCUUGCAACAAUGGAACAGCUAGAGAAAGUGAGUAGUUUUCAAGAGUUUGUGCAAAUAUUCAGUCAGUUUGGAAAUGAAAUGGUGGAGUUCGCCCAUUUAACUGGAGACCGACAAAAUGAUUUAAAGGAUGAAAAGAAAAAAGCUAGAAUGGCGGCAGCUAGGGCUGUUCUUGAGAAAUGCACCAUGAUGCUUCUCACUGCUUCAAAGACAUGUCUGAGGCAUCCUGACUGUGAAUCUGCUCGUUUAAACAAAGAAGGAGUGUUUCACCGAAUGAGAUUAGCUUUGGAGCAGGUAAUAGAGAUCGUAACUGACUCUAGACCCAGUGGAGAGAAUGAAAUGGCCUCCAUAAGUAUAUAUACGAGCAUCAAAGAAUUCAAGAAUAAAGUGGAAGGUCUUCGGGAGAAUCUUUAUUUUCUCUCUAAAGAGAAUCUUUCAACAAUGCUGGAACUCAUUCUGGAACACACAGAAGAUUUUACUGAUUCUGCCUACACCAGCCAUGAGCACAGAGAACGCAUCUUGGAACAGUCCAAGCAGGCUAAAAUGGAACUAGAGCAGCUGGUUUCAGUGUGGAUGCAAGCUCAAAGCCAGAAAACAAAGGAUAUCACAGAAGACUUGGAAGUAGCCAUACUAAAAACAUGCCAGUGUAUGAAUGAACUCAAAAGAGAACUUCACCAUGCAGCCACAUCACUGGCAGCAGACCUGCUAAGAUACCAUGCAGAUCACAUGGUUUUGAAGGCAUUAAAAAUCACAGGAGUAGAAGGAAAUCUAGAAGCUGUAGCAGAAUAUACUUGUAAGCUAUCAGAGCAGAAAGAGCAGCUUGUUGAGACAUGUCGCUUGUUGAGGCAUGUUUCUGGAACAGAGCCACUUGAAAUUACUUGCAUACAUGCAGAAGACACCUUUCAGGUCACUGGCCCACAGAUAAUUUCUGCUGCAGAAACACUGACAUUACAUCCAUCUAGUAAGAUUGCAAAAGAAAAUCUUGAUGUGUUCUGUGAGGCUUGGGAGUCCCAGCUGAGUGACAUGUCCAUGUUGUUAAGAGAAAUCAAUGAUGUGUUUGAGGGAAGACGAGGAGAGAAGCGUGCCUACCUAUCACUUCCCAGGCCAGGGAAGCAUAAUGUGAAUCUGAAAGCAUUAAAGCCAGUCAAACUUGAUACUGAGGAACAAGCAAAACUUGGAAAACUUGGAUUAGAACUGCAUUUGCUCACAUCUGAUGUAGACUCUGAGACUGAGAAAUGGGAGGACCAGGAGAAUGAGAUUGUGCGCCAUGGACAAAGUAUAUCCAGCAUGGCCCACUCCAUGUACUUAUUUACCAGAGGAGAAGGGCUGCUGAAGACUACCCAGGAUUUAUUUCACCAAGCAGAGGUUUUUGCUACAGAGGGCAUAAAGCUUGCUUCAGUUCUCACUGCCUUUUCUAAUCAGCUAGAAGACGAUGACAAACCUUUGCUUUUGUUGGAGAUUGACAAGCUGAUCCCUGUGUGCCAGCAGCUUCAGAUAACAGCUAAAACCAUUGUUCAGGGGAAAAAUGCUACUUUUACAAAGGUUGACACAUGCAUUCGGAAAACAAAAGGUGUGAUGACCAUUUUAUCCCAAGUUCUCCCACUCAGCUGCAAGCUACUGAAAAAGUGUGGAACUGGAAAUGGCUGGCUUAGAUCACCUCAUCCAUGGAGAGAGAACAGAUUACAAAGAAAUACAAAUGAAGACAGCAUGGAAGGGAAAACUGAUGCCUUUGGAAUAAAAUCCUUGGAACAUCAUGUAGCAAAUCUGACAUUUUUAGAGAGCAAAUAAUUGUAGUAUUUAGGAAUGGAAGAACUUCAUGUGGAAAUUACAAACUGGCUAAAGUUUCAAAGCUGCUUUCUUUUGUGAAAGAUAAAGCAGGUUAUUUGAAUUAAAGCUGUUGUGACCUUCUCACAUCUAAUAGAUGUCAUGGUACUUAACAGUAACAAUUGCAAAGUCGGUCAGUUUUUAACUGUUCUGUAUUUUUAUAAUGUGAAUGUGUCCCUUUGCUCAACAUUAAUGCUGUUAUUUUU